AAUCAAACAAGAAACAUGAAGAAACCUACAUUACUUUCACUUCUUUUCCUUUGCGUACUGUUCUUACAGUCAAUUACAGCUCAAGAAGUUGCUGAUUUCUGAUUGCUGAUUGCUGAUUGCUGAUUGCUGAUUGCUAAUUGUUGAUUGUUGAUUGUUGAUUGUUGAUCAGGGUGAUUGAUUUGAUCACCUGAGUUUAUUAAUUGCUUUAAUCGGUUGAUUUUAAACACGCUCGAUGAUGAGACAGAGUUCAGCUAUAUGAGGAGGAGUGAGAAUGGGCCGCAUCGGUGGGGGAAAAUAAAGAAAGAAUGGGCCAAAUGCGGGUCGGGUAAAAUGCAGUCGCCGAUAGAUUUAUUACACCGGCGAGUACAAGUAUUUCCCAAAUCCGAGGAAAUUAUAAAGUUAUAUCGGUCUGGUAAUGCCACUGUUAAAAACAGGGGACACGAUAUUAUGAUUGAAUGGGAAAGUGCAGAUAGCAAAAUUCAAAUUAAUGGCACAAAUUACAUCCUAAGGCAAUGCCAUUGGCAUUCCCCAUCAGAGCACACUAUCAAUGGCACAAGGUUUGCUGCAGAGUUGCACUUGGUUCAUCAAAGCUCAGAUAACAAAAUAGCAGUUAUUGGGCUUCUUUACAAAUUUGGCAAGCCUAAUCGUUUUCUAAACAGGUUGAUGGAAAAGUUGAAAUUAGUUCCCCAUGCUCUGGACAAGACAAAUGCUGGUAGAAUAAAUCCAGGAGAAAUAAAACUCAGAGGAAAGAUGUAUUUUAGAUACAUGGGCUCCCUCACUACUCCCCCUUGCACUGAAGGUGUACUUUGGACUAUUGAUAAACGGAUUGCCACAAUAUCAGAAAGCCAAGUAGCAAAGAUGCGAGAAGUUGUUCACGAUGAUGCGGAAAAAAAUGCUAGACCGGUGCAACCACUAAAUGGAAGAAAAGUUCGCCUCUACAAUACUAGAAUCAAGCAUCAUUGAUAAACCACACCACCAUUAUUAUUGGUUGUUUAUAAGCACCGGUAAAUUCAGAUAGUAAUGUAGUUGGGCCGAAUACUCAUCUCUGCACAUAUGUGCUAAACUAACUAGCUCGUUUGUCAUUAUAUUCUUAUUUAUUUUUUUUUUAAGUUUUUUUUUAAUCAAAUAUAUUAAGAUUAACAUUAUGUGUUUGUAAGAUUACUCCCCUAUGGUGUUUGACUUAUGGUAUAGUUAGAUAAAUAAGCGCUAAUAAAGUUUCCACUAUUUGUUUAGAAA